CAGUUCCAACGCUCACCUCUAGAUCCAUGUCGUCGGUUCUCGCUCGCUAUGAACACUUUCUCAUCAAGAAUGUCUCCACCAUCUCGUCUCUCGAGAGCACCUUGAGGUCCGUUACGUGGGUCCUCCCUGGCAGGUUCAGGGAUGCGGAGCUGGCGUCCGAAGCGUUGUCUGCCGCGCUCAAUGUGAUCAGCAUGUACCAUGACACGCUCCUCGCGCAGUUCGUGCAGUCCGACCCAAAGUACAAGGCGCUCAUCCCCCCGUCGCCGCAUACGCGAUACACCCGGGCCUGGUCGGACAAGGACUGGCGGUACAAAUGGGCUGCCCGCACGCUGCAGCUCGUGCGCUUCGUGGAGCUCCUGAUCGAAAUGGGGCUCAGGAGGAAGACGUCUACCCGCAACCGCUGGCGAGGCAUCGUGUCGCUUGAGGUCAUUAAGGCUGUGCUACGUCUUGUGCUGUUGCGCAUUACCAGACGACCAGUGCUUUCACCGCCUAUCCCUGAGCGGGAGAUAGACCCUUCUUGCUUGCCUCCCGAGUCGGAUACAUCCUCGCCUACCCUCGCCCCAUCCUCUCCGCCCUCUUCGCUCCCUUCGACGCCCGAGCACCUGAAGAAUAACCAUGUCCCACUGCCUUUGCAUCCGCUCCUUACCCCGCCGCCGCCCACCCAGUCGCCCUUGCCAGUCGAGGACUACCUCUUGCCGAAAGCCCUCACGACGUCGGCUGUGAAAGCACCUACUGCGCUCAUGCAGCCCCUCACAUCUCCGAAGGAUUGGCUUGCAGAGUUGGUGUACAUCGCACGUCCUCUUGUCUACGCGAUCAUGUUGUCUCGAGACCGCAAGAGCAACCGGCCCCUGAUGACUGCUCUUGCAUUGGAAUUCGUUUCGCGCAAUCUGCGUCGCGUGCCUGCCCGAUCGGCGCCCCUCGAGCGCUCAGAAUAUGCCUCUAGGGACAAAGACAUCGUGUGGUAUCUGUUGCGCGGGUCUAUCUGGAAGACUUGGUCGAAGCCCAAGCUCGAGGCGUUCGCAAGCGGUACCGCUCGUGCUCCGCUGUUGGGCGUUGUCGGUGCAUUCAUUCGCGACUGGAUUCCAUUGAUUGAUGAAUACUAUUAUUAUACUGCUCCCUAAUUCGGUGUACCUUUCUUGCAGCCUUUGUCUGGUGCUCCCAGUUUGCUUGGUGCUCGUGUACUAUUCGCGCUAGUCUAUUCCAUGGAUUCAUCCGGA